AUGUGCUUUCUGUGAAGUAAAUGUGCAUAGACUUUCAAUAACAGCAUCUACAUGUUAAGAAAACGCCGUCCUGGGCUUGAAAACUGUGUGUUUGAAGUCUCCUGUCACCCAUUUCAACAUGAAACUCGCCGCGAUUGACGUCACCGAGCCAUCUUUGUCCACCUAAUCCAGGCGGCUGUUUAUUACACCUUCAUUACUGCACGGACUCUGACAGCGCCGGGCUCCGACAUUAGCCUGCAGGUGCCGCAUCACGGGAGAAAAAAGGAAGAGGAGAACAGGUUGUGUUAGCACAUCUCAGUGUGGCAAACACAAGCCAGUGCUCCUCCUAGGCUAUAUAGGCAGGGAAACGCCACAAUAACCAAGCAAAGGGUGCCAGAGGGUAGAGAGGAGCGCAGAAGGCAAUCCACAUCCAUCUGCCAGCCACUUAGCACGCGCUAACAUUUCCAGUCCGGAUUUCAGCACAGCUGUCCAGCCAAUACUACCAGGAAAAUGUCUGCCCCAGCUGGAGCCCCUGCACCAGAGGGAGGGAAUCAGCCCCCCAACCUCACCAGCAACCGUCGUCUGCAGCAGACACAGGCACAAGUGGAUGAGGUGGUGGAUAUCAUGCGUGUAAACGUGGAUAAGGUUCUGGAGCGUGAUCAGAAGCUGUCAGAACUGGACGAUAGGGCUGACGCCCUGCAGGCUGGAGCCUCUCAGUUUGAGACCAGCGCUGCGAAACUGAAGAAUAAAUACUGGUGGAAGAAUGCCAAGAUGAUGAUUAUCCUGGGUGUGAUAUGUGUGAUUGUCCUCAUCGUCAUUAUUGUGUACUUCAGCACCUAAGAAGAGUUGCUCCUACCCCAGUCUAAUCCUUCCUUGCUACAGAAAAAGAAAAACCCUCAAAUUGAUUACAAAAUUAACCAUGAUAAUUACUUUACUAUGUAUAUCUCCUGAAUAGCCUCGAUAUAACACCCCUAAACCUUCAGGGCCCCAUGGCUCCCCCACUUCCACCACUUCGCCUCUGGACCCCUGUCAAUAUUUGUCCUGUGAGUGUGUGGCCCUGUCUCCUUUCUGGGUACUCUUGGCUUUUCUAACCUGCCAUACUGAGAACCAAACACUUGUGACGAUGCAACAACAGACAAGGAAACAACGAUUGGCGAUAAUUGUUACAUAACUGAUAUAUAUAGUUCUUUGUAGAGUUUUAUUCUGAUAUAUACUGUUUUGUAGGUGUGUGUGCGUGUGUGUGUGCAUUUUGUAUUUUUUAAUUUUUGUAUUAAUUUGACGUAUGCUUCAGCGUUAACUACUGCCUAUUAAUCAAAGUGUGUAUUUUGCAUGUUAUCAUCAUCCGUCUGUCCCCCCUGCUUACUCUCUCUAUUUUUGGUGUACUUUUUGCACAGUGGAGUCAGUCUCCAUUUUACGGACAUACCAACUGAUUUUCCAGCUCAUCUGUGUUUUUCUUGUCCACUUAAAAGUCCAAAAUAAGCCAGAGAACUAAAACUUGCAGGAAAAUAUCAUCAAGUUACAAAAAUUUGAGCUAUUUCAAAACUGCCCUUGAGAAAUUCCCCAGGUUAACUUCAGCUCCAGAUUUCUAUAACUUGAUCAAAGAAUUCAAGUCUUAGCCUCUUUGCUGGCUUUCUGAGAGAGUCAGCGAUCACCAAUAUUGAUCAAACAUCCAAAUAAUGCAUGAAUUGUUAAACUAAUCCCCAGUAAUCAUCACUCCUUUCCAUUUCAUCCUCCCGGUAUCUGUUCUCUUUCUCCAUUUCACCCCUCUAAUUCAUCUUCAUCGCUCUUAACCCUCUUCUGUGCGUCAGCAUGCUUGAACACCUCGAUUUCUUAUUUCUAAACUGCCAUAGUACAGUCGGACCAAUGUCUGUAGAUGUUUCUUUUUUAUUUAAAUAUUAACGUAGUGUCUUAUUUCGAAAACAUUCCUUCAUUGCAGUCUAGUGCAAAUGGUCUUACCGUAGCACAUGUAAGUGUAAGUAUCUUUAAAAAAAAUUAUAAAUAACGCGAUGAAACUUGUGUCGAAAACCGUCGGUCAUACAAACCAUAGGAGAAAAAAUAGUUCUAGUAAAUAGCUGUAAGGGUAAGUUUUGGAUAGACAGGAUUAGACUUUCAAUCUGUCCAAAUUAUUUUGUUUUAAAAUAGGGGUGAUGCUAUCAGAAACAUUCCACUUACAGUAUACUGUGGAGAUGUCAUUCAUGUCAAACUGUGGAUAUGGGUUUGAAAUUCAGCCGAUAAAACGGGGCCGUCGCAUCGAUUAAUUUCCAUAAAGCAAAUUCUUUACCGGCCCAUGACUUACAUGGACACUGAAAAGCCUUAGUCACUUGUAUUAGUUGCUGUAGACGACUUCCAGUCAAACAUACCCUUACAUCUGCGCAAAGGGAGUGGCUGACUGCCGAUAAAGGAAUCUGUUUAAAAUGCACAAAUAACCUUGUUUUUGAUGGCGCUGUCUGGCCGGUCAAUAGCCCGGCCAAAGGAGAUCCUCGUGCAGCAAAACCUCUCCACAUAAAGAGCACAUAAAGAGACAAUUCAGCCUUAUUUGCAAAAUCCAGGAACAGGGACCGAGGCUAAUGAGGAAAAAAAAAGUCAAAUUCACAGUUGAGUUUUAGGUCAGCAACUUUGGGGUAGGCUACAGUCAAAGCGACAAGGAAGCAAUUAUUCAGUAGCACUCCUAAGAAGAGUGUUUCGCUAGCGCAGUGGUUCUGUCUCAGUGUUUCUCCCUCUAGUUAAGGCCUUUUUUUCUUUUUUAAAUAUAAUAGAUUCUAUUUUUUAUUAUAGUAUAUUUUUGUGUGAACCAGACAGGUAAAGAGGAAGUGUGCAAUCAGCGCUGUUAGCUGCCCGACAGCGGCGAGCUCCUCUUUACCUCUUGUCUGCUGUGUUUUUUGUAAUUCAGCUCCGUGCGUUAUACACUGCCAAGCAACAAGGGAGAGGCUUCGAUUCUUAUUGCAGUUGUUUCUUUCAUUGGUGCCCUCACUGGUUUGCUCUUAAAAAACAUUCUUUUACAUGUUUCUGGCAUUUGCUCCUGUGUGUACAAAAACCUUUUGGCUACUUGAUGAGCAGGAGAGCAGGGCGAUGUGAUGUUUUAUAAUGCUCUGUCAGACUAAGGCCUUGUGCACAUGAAGGUGAAAUGACGUAAAAUUCCUUAAUUUGACGUCAACCAUAGAAGGUUUUAUGUAUUUGUGGCAAAUCUAAGCUCUGAUAUAGUUGGAAUUCAGCUUGAAAUGUUAGAUUUUUUAAGUGUGCAGUCAUGAAUAAAUGCUGAGCAGAAAGCUCAACUCAUGCUCUACUGCCACUGACGUCACUAACAAAAAAUCUCAGAUUUUACGGUCAGCUGCUGUCACCAGAAACAUACAAAGACCACAAAACCACCACUUUUUCAAAAAGCAAGUGUGUGUAAAGCCUUAGUAGCCUUGUCUCUUUCCAACAUGACUUUUUAUCUUCCCCACCGGCUGAGUAGCCCAAGCUGCCCCCCCUUUUGCUCAACUCACUGAUUCAGAAUCCUACAGUGUGUGUGUGUGUGUGUGUGUGUGUGUGUGUGUGUGUGUAUGUGUGUGAGCGCAGGUGCAUCAAUGUGUCUAUGUGUGUUAGAAUAGCUCUGGAAUAUCCCCGGUUUAUCCCGCCAGAUUAGGCCGCUUAAAUCUCAGUGAGGGCACGUUGUUUCCUUGACCACUGAAGUAUACGAGCAGACAGAUCUGCCGACCAGUUCCAUUAGAAAAGGAAAACCUUAACAACCCCCCCCCCCCCCUUUUCCACAUUUUUCAAAGCAAAAACAGAGCAAACUCCAGAAGAUUACCAAAGACCAGAAUUCCAUGCUUUUACGCUGCCAAUUGCCAUCAAAAACAAGUGGAGAGAAACAGGUUGCCCAAACCAAUCCGAGUCUGUUUUAAAUACCCUUACCCUAUUUACCCGCAAAUAACAGGACCUUUCGACAUUCACACGCUAUUUCUAUGUGUGUGUCAGUUUGGCUUGUGAGUGUGCCAUCCUAACAUAUGCAAAAUAAACCAAAACAUAAGGGCCGCAUGCUUCAAAAUCUCAAAAUACAGUCUGCCCCCCACCGUGCGUAUCCAGGUCUGAAGAGCCUCUUUAAUCUGGAACAAGUUUGUAGACACAUGAUCCUGUAACUAAUAAUAGCACAACUCUUCUUUUUUUGUCUCCAUAGUGCUGCCGAGUUUGAAAAUGAAAACUAGCUAUUAAAAAUAAACCUAGAAAAUGCUACAAAAAAUCUGCAUUGUUUGGUGUUGUAAUAUGGGGGUGUUUUGGGGGGUAGGGGGUCCUAUAUCCUCAGGUUUAACCUAUUAACAAUUUACCAAAAUAUAUACGAGGACAAAACUAUAUUAGCAACAUGUAAAAAUUGGGGUUUUUUUGCAAUAGGAAAUCAUUAUAGGGUUACAAACGUGGUCCUUUCAGCCAUCCGACAGGAGUUAACCACACAAAGUGAAACAACACUACUGAUUGGGGUAGGACUUCUGUGUUAUCCAACUGUUGUGAGCGCUCAACCAAUUUGGUCACAAUAGUGAAAAUGAAGUGAGUGCUUUCUUUUUUUUUUGUUUGCUUUACUGUCUGUAUGAAAAGAAGUGCGUAUAUAUUUUAACAGCGUGGCACUUUUUCCGUUGUGAUUCAUUUGUUGUGGUGGGACGGGAACAUGAUCCGGUGGAGAAUAUUGUCUUAUGUCAGCCUCAAGAAUUGUUCAGGGAUCUCAACUUUACGUUGCAUUCGGGCCAUUUUCGGGAGAGAUCCCAAAAGCAAACGCAGAAAUAGUGUUCAGACACCUCUUUCAGGGUUUGAAUCAUAACUCGGGAACUCGUAAUUCAAACUUGAAAGGAAAAACAGAAAGAAAUCAAUUCAAUCCUUCGACAAAGUGUAACAUGUACAGAGUGGGAAAUGCUCCCCAACAUUCACUGUCACCUCCAAAAAUGGGCUGAAUGCAGCAAAAGGAGGGAACCUUUUGAGUCUCUGAAUGCUCGCUGGAUGGCUAUAAUUAUACAAUAUUCUAAUUAAUGUGUGUUUUAUUUUUGAACCAAAUGUUGUUUUUUUCAUUUUCAUCAAUUUAGUAAUAAUUCUCGAUGUCACUGAAUUGUUUUUAUGUAAGCACUGAUGGGUAAAGGUAAAGAAAAUGGGAAGUUAAUGGGGAAAAAAAAGUAUUUUUACCUUCAAUUGUCCAGAAUGCUUAGAAUGAUUCUACAGUUUACAUCAUAUUGCCGUUUGUAUCUACAAGAUAUAUAUUUUUUGUUUAAAUCUGUUUAUUUUUGAGGAAAGAUUUUAAUUUCUCUUUUGGGGCUGGAGUUUCUGGGAUGGAGGUCCGUAUUGCCCCUGGUCGUCUGGUCUUACAGGAGGGACAGGACCGGAGGAUCAUGGGCAAUGUGUUCGGUUUUAAUCUUUUAUUUUUUUCUUCUCUUUCUUUGCUUUUAUUUAUUGAUAGAUUUAUUGUGCUGUCAUUUGGUAUGGGAUUAGAAACUAAACAAGAUUGACUCAAUGUUAAUGGAGAGGAGACUGAAUGAAAAACUAAAGUACAUAAAAUAAUUGUAGUGUAAAUCUAUCAAUGUCUUAUUAUAUUGAUGAACAUCAUGAAAUAUAUGUAUAUUGGAAAAACAGUAUCUAUGACAACUUGUACUUUUGUGUGUGCUUCAUGUGCUUUGUGGGUGUGCAACAAUGGGCAGAUGCAAUUUUGACCGCAAUUCUGGGACCUUAU